AUGAAGCAGCCACACAGUGCCAGGACUGAGGAAAGCUUCUUUGCGCCGAAGUUGCCUGGGCAGGCAGACGACAAGCGCAACUUUAGUAGGACAUGGUCAAAGGAUCGGAAACGGUUGCAGGGUUCGAGGAAGCAGCUACCCAAGCUGAAAGGCUUGGAUGCCUCCACUGGCACGAUUGCGAGUCAGUCAACUUCCUCCUUGCCCGGCACCGCCCGGAGCCGAAGCACAGGUUCCAGAGGAUUCGAGGAGCGGCCUGCGAAACCUUCGCCAAAGGCGGGCAGCAGGCAGCCUAGCCGUGAGCCGUCGGCACCGCACGGCCGACCGCCCAAGGAGCCCAGCAAGGCCACAGAGAAGGUUCCCAAACGGCUCCCUCCGAAACCGGAGGCGCCCCGCAGCGAGAAGCCACACAGUGCUGAUGAGGCGCGAGUUGAGCGAGCUGAGCGUUCGGAGCAGCGGAAGCCCAGGCCGAAGCCCAACCAGGCCAGCACAGCGUCCCUGGCGUCGCUCUCCUCCGCCCUGUCGGGUGCCGGGGAUGACUCGGAGCCGGAGCGCGAGGCUUCGCUAGUCUCCGUGUCCUCCAGAGGCCCAGCUGUUCACGGGGGCUACGCCCCUGAAAGCCCCACAAGCUCAGCGAACCUGGCCAGCAUGAGUCAAGCUGCUCCAGAGAGCCCGCGGGCUGCAAAGCCUCCACCGCCUCCGCCGAUUGACUCAGCCGAAACCACGGAAAACAAGCGGAAGAUGCGAGAUGUGCUUCACCGUCGGCUGCGGUCUAUACGAGAGAAGGUUCAGAAGCAACGGGCCGGCCUUGAUGCUCAAAAGAAAUAUGAGCACCUGCCCGGGAAGGAGCGCGAGGCAGUGGAAAGGGCAUUCUUCCACUACGAUGCCGACCUAUCUGGGUAUCUCGAGUAUGACGAGAUCGCACCCGCUCUUCGAGAGUUGGGACUUUCUGGAUCCAACGCGAUCGAGAAGAGG